AUACAGUUAGUAUAAAAACGACGUUGAGUAGACUUCGGUCAGAGAACUCGGCAGACGGUGAACAUGGCACUUAUCGCAUAUAUAUUUCUGGCUCUCAUCAGCACGGUAGCAGCAGCACCAUGGCGCUGCUGCAAGAGCCAGGACGGCAGCACAAUCUGCAUCGGGGAAUCCUGUCAACCUGUCAUCAAUCCACCGACUAUUUGCGUUGGACGGCCUAGCCCUCCAUGUAUAUGCCAGAGCACCAUAUAUACUCCACCGUGUCCGUGUCCGUGUCCGUGUCCCUGCCCCCAACCCUGUCCCCAACCCUGCUCGGAUCCCUGCCCCCCACCAUGCCCCCAGCCAUGUCCCUGCCCUGAUCCAUGCUACUAUUGAAUAGCGACCUCAACUGGGAUGUGUUUCGAUUAAAUUUUUGAAUUCAAAAUUUAACAUCUAUUUUUCGAAUAAAUGGCCUCAAACUGUUUAUAUUUUAUUUUGGCUUAAAAUAUUUUUUUAUUAAAUAUUCAUUUAUUUGGUA